GUCAUGGCGGCGCUAGAUUUGAAGUGGCAACGGGUGCAGAACACAUCGGGGCCGAAACCUCGGCCCCGGCAUGGACACAGGGCAGUGGCCAUUCAAGAUAUGAUGGUAGUUUUCGGAGGUGGCAACGAAGGCAUUGUAGAUGAAUUAAAUGUCUUCAACAUGUCUACAAAUACGUGGUUCGCACCGGCAACGAAAGGUCGAAUUCCUCCUGGAUGCGCUGCGUACGGAAUAGCAGUGUACGGAACCGCGAUUCUUAUAUUUGGUGGAAUGGUCGAGUGUGGAAAGUACAGCGACGAUCUUUACGAGUUAGAUGUCAGCAAAUGGGAGUGGCGAAGACUGCGACCCAGACCUCCCAUAAAUGGAAAAUCCCCGUGUCCUCGACUCGGGCACAGCUUUACGCUCGUUGAUAACGACGUGUAUCUCUUUGGUGGUCUUGCGAAUGUAGGACACGAUUCCAAAAACAACAUUCCGCUUUAUCUGAACGAUCUUUACGCUCUGGACUUGCAAACGAAAAUGACGGCGUGGAAUAUUCCGGAAACGAGAGGCUGCAGGCCAUCACCUAGGGAAUCUCACACAGCUGUAGCGUACGAGAAUAAAUUUACCGGCUCCUCUCGUAUCAUUAUCUACGGCGGCAUGAACGGGCGUCGCCUCGGUGAUUUGUGGUUUCUCGACUGUGAAACAUUUUCGUGGUUAAAACCUGUGCUGCGAGGAGUUCCUCCGCAACCACGUUCGCUUCAUACUGCAACGGUAGUGGGAGAGCGAAUGUUUAUUUUUGGAGGCUGGGUGCCUGUGAGUACGAACGACGGUAAAGCAGAAACACCUGAAACGGAGUGGAAAUGCUCCAACUCGCUGGUUUCCCUUAACCUCGAAAAGCUUACCUGGGAAGAGCACGCAGUGGAUGAAAGUUCUGGAAGCACACCUCGCGCCAGAGCUGGUCAUUGUACAGUUGGAGUGCACACCAGGAUGUACGUCUGGUCAGGCAGGGACGGAUAUCGCAGGGCGUGGAACAACCAGAUAUGUUUCAACGACAUGUGGUACAUUGACGUCUCGCCCCCCUUGCAGCCCCAUAAGGUACAGCUAGCUAAGGCACAGACAGAUGAACUUGAACUCUGCUGGACCUCAGUGCCAGCUGCAGAUGGGUAUCGUAUACAACUCCACAGGUAUGAAAUGCCAUCUGCUGUGAAUACCACAGUCAACCCACCCGCACCAGCAACACCACCUCCCCAGCCAGUCUCUUCCCAGGAAAGCAGUACCGGUAGUGCGUACGAUGUCAAAGUAAGUUCUCCAGACCUGUUACCUCUGGAAGAUAAUACUUGUAAACUACAGCCCAUCACCUCCACCAGCCCACUUAAUUCCAGACCUGUAAGCCCUUUAUUGGAUUCAUUUGUGAGUGAAAACAACGACUUUAGGCAGCAAGCAGUACAGUGUCCUCCUGAAACCUUGACCUCUGUGAUGUCAUCUGUAGGAAUGCCUUCAUCAACAACAGCUCCAACUCCCAUGCCCAGUGUAUUUACAGGCAGUCAUGUAAAGGAAGACAUAGCGUCAGUGUCGGUUCUUUCCUCUAAACCGUCUCUUCUGUCAGUGUUGUCAGGAGCUAAACUGCCUCCACAUUCUCAGAACUUCCCAGAUUUAAUACCAGAGUCUAGUUUAGGUUCGAAUACAGUGACAUCAUUUUCAUCCUUAAAAGUGACAGCUCCUCAGACACCUUUGACAGUGGGUGAGAAGAUUGUUCCAUCAGUAUCUGUCAGUAUGCCAACAACAUAUCCAGUGAACAGUCCCAGAAACUCGGUAUUUUCUGUAUCGGGGCUAGCAAGUCACUGUACCACCCCUCACCGACAGCACAAUUUGUCAGGAGUUAUGUCACCUACAACUUUGCUUAAAAACAACUCUUUCCCACAAAGCAAGCCUGUUGUGAUGCAAAAGCCAGUGCAUACUUCAAAUUCACCUCUCGUCACAUUUGUGAAAACAAGUCAGGGUGUUACUGUCGGUGUGCCGAGAUCAUCUAUAGUGCAAACUAAGCCUGAGAUAUCACAAUUAUCUACUGUUCAAAGUACCAGGCAUAGGCAGAUACCUUCUGGAGGUGUCAAAAUAUUUAAAACACAUCAAAAACCAGGACUGGAUAUUAAGGAGGACUGGAAUUUAAUGCUAAAGCAGUCACAGAAUCCAUACAGGAAACAGAAUGUCCAUGUCAUGAAACCUACUGUCCCUGCAAUUGAAGGCACUACUGCAAAAUUCUCUUCAAAUGGUGGCCACUAUCCUUUCACAGCAUCACCUACUCUGUGUCCUACACAGAAUGUUUUGCCAUCACAGGUUCUUCAUUCUUCUAAUAGUGCUCUAACAUCUAAUAUUUUCCAGCAGGCAGUCUCAAAACCGAGCUCCGUGAAAAUAAUCGUCGUUUCCUCGGCUACCACAUCCGGUGGUAUUGUCGGCAAGCCGAUUACGAUCAUGAUUCCUGGAGGAAGUGUAACUCCAAAGACUGUUCACGUAGGAGCAAAUCCGAUUACUCAUGCAGGUGUAAGAGCUGAUGUUAGCCAGUAUCUAGCUACUUCUCUGCCAUCUUCACUGCAGUUUCCUGCAGGGACCCCACAUAUUGCUGUAACACCUAAUGAAAAACAGCAGAGGGUGCAAUGCACUGCUGCAACAGUAGCACCAAGGACUGUGUCAUCAUUUUCAAAUUGUGGGCCUCUGCUGACACCCAAAAGUGAUAACAUGAGUACUCGCUUCAGUACUGCUUAUGAUGAACAUGUAGUCUCCCCGCCUGGCCCUGUAUCAUCUUCACCUGCCAUCAGUUGCCAACAACAGACAAUUGGAACUGCAACUUUCAACUGUCAGCAAACAACUGUAGACAGUGAACUGUUAUGA